AUGACGCGGAUGGGCGGAAUUCAUCCAACGAGCCUUCGAACUCGCGAUUCGGUCGUCGUUCGCGCGUCCGCGGAUGGAAAGAAGUUGAAUGGUCGAUCGACGCACCGCGUCCGAGCGACUAAGGCCCCGCCGGGGUCGGCGCUGGACGCGGCGCAGGCGUUUUCGAAUUUGGUCCUGGACUCGAAGAAGUUUGUGGCGGACGCGGAGAACGCGAUGAUAGAUCUCGGCCCGCGAGCGGGCGUCGUUAGCGCCGGAGUGUUGAUACACAGCGCGAAGAGUGGUGGACGAGACGCCGGGGCGCUCGAGGGGGCGAUGGCGAGCGCGAUGGCGGAGGGGAAGGAUUUCUCGCACGUCGUGGACAAGGCCAAGGCGAAUCUCGCGUCGAUGUGGGCGCAAAAGGUCGAGGGAAGAGUGAGCGUGGAGCUCGGAUGGCAGCUCGCGAACGACGCGGAAGGAACGGUGAUGAAAGCGAGGGAGAUGGUCGCCUUGUGCGACGAGACGCGUACGCCACGGGAUAAGCUGUUGUUCAAGAUUCCGGCUACGUACGCCGGGAUCAAGGCGUGCAAGACGCUCGAGGCGGAGGGCGUUCCGUGUCACUUGUCGCACGUGUACUGUCGCGAGCAGGCGUACGCGGCGGUCGAUGCCGGUGUCUCUGUCGUGCAGCUGUACUACUCUCGCCUGAACGCGUGGUACAAGGCGAAGGGAAGUUCCUCAGACGACGUCGACCCGGCGUACGAUCUCGUCAGAGACACCUUGGCGCGCGUCAAAGCCACGGGCUCGAAGACCAAAGUCAUGGUCGCCUCGCUGGCCAACGUCGACGCCGUCAUGCGCGUCUUAGGCGUCGAUUACUGCUUGGUGGGGCAGCGCAUCAUCGAUGAACUCGCUGAAAUGCCCGCUAGCGACUUGGGCGAGACCAUCAUCUCCGACGCGCGCGCCAGCCCCGGCGCUGGCGGCGCCGCUGCUAACCUCUCCGAGGCCGACUUCCUCGCCGCGUGCGCGGCAUCUCCCGCGAAGGAGGAACUCGAGCUCGCCCUCAAGCGCAACGCCGCUCGAGACGCCGAUCUCAUGAACUUUAUCACGCAGUCCAAGGCGGGCGGCGGGAACGCGUAG